CUGGGGCAAAGUGGUCAUGAUGGCCCCUCCCUUUGGCCUCAGCUGAGCCAUUAUGGCCGCCCUGCAAAUUCAGCACCCCCACGUUCGAUCUUUCGGAUCCUGGGGGUGGGGUUGAGUUUCAGGAAGAGGACACCAUCAUAUGGAAAUAGGACAGGAGGAAUCAUGGAGGGAUUCCCGCCAUUGAGAUCAAUGGAUCUCGUGGUUGGGAACCCACCAAAGGGUGAAGGGGACUUAAACUGAAUAAGGAACUAAGUCCGACCUUCCUCUGACGUACCGAUACUGGGGAAAAUAGCCAGUUGUUGAUGAUGGGCGCGUGAUGUUGGGAGGAGGAGAGGCGGAGGUGGAAUGGUGAAGAGAAGCGGAGGGGCUGGGGGAGGAAGGGAUUCAGGAAAAGUUGAUGAUGAGGAGGAGGAUGACAUUGAUGAUGAGCAUGUGGGGCUUUUGACGACGAUGUUGGUGAUGAUGCUGUUGCCAAUGACGGGCGCGUUAGUAUGUGGGAAGGAGGAGAGGCGGAGCCGGGAUGGUGAAGAGAAGCGGAGGGGCCAGGGGGAGAAAUACAGGAGCGGUGGUGAUGUUGCAGUCGCCAAUGGUGGGUGCGUCGUGCGAGAAGGAAGAGGGACGAGGCUGGGAUAUCAGGGGAAAAUUGAGAAUGAUCAGGAAAACAUCAACAGAGGAUGGCAUGCAGAGCUCGCCCCCAACAUCGCGCCCUUUGCUGCACUCCAGCCGCCGACUGCACAUUCGCAACUGGUGAUGAUGUCUCUGCCCGAAGAUGUCCUCCUCAAGGUCCACGAGGCCACACAAGAUCCUUACCUCAUAGAUACUCUCACGUUCAGUGAUUGGGCCGUCAUCAGCGGAAUCUAUGAGUUCGCCCCAGAGACCCUAGAGAGGAAGAUCCAGGCGCUUGCUCACAGUGCCCCCAUCAUUGUCUCUAGGAAUAGAAUAGAAAAUAGGGAGAUCAGCAAGAUUAUCGCUAAUGGAGAAAAGACCAUUCUUGAGAAUUUUGGUUACAGUACGGCCCACCUCACAAACAUCGGAGAUAUAGACGUAUCGGAACAAGUAAACGUUAAGAGACAGGAAAGGAGGAGGCGAAUUGGCUUGUCACAAGCAGAAAUAGACUACUUAGAAAAGCAGCAGGAAAAGAGACUGAAUGCCGUCCUUGCUACUGCCUCCACCGCUGCUGACAGCUCAGGCAAAACGCAUAAACUUGCACAGGACAGCCACUUUCUCCCACUAGUCUCUAGCGCUUGGAUAGAGAGACAGAGUAAGCAUGUCUCGCAUAAGUUAUGGCACUUAGACAACUUCAAUUACACUGCCCCUAUCUCCGUCGAGGCCUACAAGGCCCUUGCAAACCUCUCAGACAAAGAUCUGAAGAAUUGCAAGGAAGCUGCAGACAGUUUUGCACUUCUUCUCCCAAACAACAGACCUGCAUUCGAUGGUGGCUUCCCUCUUUUAGCCAUACUAGACAAGACGAAGUGUCCGGUCUCCAAGCAGGUCCUAGUGCAGAAAGGUUUCCCGCGCGUUCCACCGACACUAGAGGAGGUAAAGAAGAUGUGGAACACAGGCAGACCAUACCUCAAAUGCACCUGCACCACGAACUGCGGCAAGAGCAUUACAUGGUUCGACCACUUCGUGUGGUAUUACAUCGCCAAUCUGGACUUCUUCGACCCGAAUGCCCCUUCGGACAUCACCAGGAUGUUGGACUUCCAGCAACGACUGGAAACCGAAUGGAGACAGCCGGUCCUGGCACAGGUCUCCUUCCUGUACAUGAGGAAGAUGAUGACCAGCAUCCUGGAGAGGCUCAUCGAUAACCCCAAGAGCACGGCUGAGCAACUUUUGGAGCAUCCCUCCUUGAAAGACGUCCCUUUCGCCAAGAGGUUUGCUGCCAUCCUUCUCCCGGAGGAAGCCGACAGAGCGAAGACCCCCUCUUCAAGGCGCAGAGCAAGGUCACCGGCAAAUGACAUGGUUCAGCGCAGCAGAAGCAGGCAGACAACUCUCACAUUCGCCACAACACCGAAUCGGCAACCAGACAGCGCACCCUCACCUGCAUCUCAGACAGUGCAUGAACUUAGGUCUGGCCAAGCGGUGAGCGCACAGAUUCAGAUGACGAAAAUGCGCUUGGCCAUGGUUGAUGGGGCGACUGUCCAUAGGUUGAAUGCGAGCAAUCGGCGAGAUAUUAGUUUUCAGGAACUUCAUGGACGAGGAGGAGAAGGAGGAGAAGGAGGAGAAGGAGGAGGAGGAGAAAGAGGAGAAAGAGGAGAAGCAGGGGCGGAAGGAGGUCAACGAGGAGAAGGAGGAGGGGGAGGAGAAGGACAAAGAGGAGAUGGAGGAGAAGGAGGAGAAGGAGGAGGAGGAGAAGGAGAAGGUGGGAGAUCUGGGAAGGUGCGAGAGCGAGGGUCCAGGAGUGGGGAACUACGCAGUCGAGGGGAAUCUGAUUACAGAAGUCGGUCAAGGCAGCUGAAGAAAACUAUAUUGCAAUUGAAGGAGAAAGUUCAGGAGAAGCGCGCCAAGCUUUCAGCGGAAAAUUUGAGAUAUUGCGCAAGCAGGCGGGCUAUAAGACCGGUGGAUCUUUCCGAGGAUGACGUGACAUGUGCACGUGUGCUCAGGGGUCAUAUGAAGAAGGUGUAUGCGAUCGACUGGUGCCAGAGCAAGGCAGACCGGCUCGUAAGUGCAUCCCAAGAUGGGUGGAUGGUUUUGUGGAAUGCUUUUGCAGGGACAAAAGUGCAAUCCAUCCGUCUGGACAACCCGUUCGUGAUGACCUGUGCAUAUUCGCCAGGCGGACAUCUCGUUGCGCGGGGCGGCCUCGACAACUUAUGUGCCAUCUACAGUAUCGCGCGAUUGCGAGCGGGAAAGGAUGUGAACCUUCCGCCUAUUCGCGUACUCUCUGGUCACAAGGGCUAUGUAUCUUGCUGUAAGUUCAUGAGCGAAGGUCAGAUACUGACAGCGUCCGGGGAUCAAACGUGCAUGCUCUGGGAUGUCUCUACCAAUAAACGACUGCACAAGUUUGGAGGAGAAGGAGGGUCGGCCACUGGUCACAAAGAGGACGUCAUGUCAAUAUCAGUGAGUCCGUCGGAUGGGCACAUCUUCCUCUCAGGGUCCUGCGACAAGACUGCCAAGCUGUGGGAUACUCGAACACCUGGCUCUGCUCAGAUUACCUUUCACGCACAUAAGCAGGACGUGAAUGCAGUGCAGUUUCAUGCAGAUGGCUUCACGUUUGGUACCGGAUCCGAUGACGGGACGUGUGCGCUCUUUGACACUCGGUCUGCGCAUGAGCUUGCAAGAUACGGAGACGAGGCUGUCUUCGGCGGACCGAAUGCUAAGGCGGUUGGUGAGAAUAGGAAGUACAUUGUUACAUCAAUUGCAUUCUCGCAUUCUGGUCGGCUGCUAUUCGCAGGUUGUGCAAACCAUAAGUGCAGAGUGUACGACACGUUGACCGGGAAGAAGCUGCUUGAGCUGCCGCACGACGGACAGGAUAGGGAAGAGAGGUCACCGUGGGUACUGGAGACCGCUCUUGUCAAUAUCCUGUUUAUAGAGCUGUUUGAUGGAGCUUUUGUGAACCGACUCGGGUAAUCCUUUGGAUCUUAGACGGCGUAGUUGCAAUGGACUGCACUCUGGCAAGCUGAUCCAGUCUUGGCUGGGGCUUUUGGGGCGAGCGUGGGACACUCAAGGCGAGACCCGAGAAUAGCAAUGGUGUGGUUUGGUGACAAUCAAGUAUGGUGGCACAGCCCGCUCCAAUUGAUUUUGCACCUUCUACGGUCGCUGGCUAGGGCACGUUAGCGCCCGUGUUCAUACUGUACGAGAGGCUCACGAGCUAUGCUAGUCGUAUUCCCAGACUGACAUAAGUGAAGAACUAUUUGGCCGAUAAAAGUUUGGCCCCCUCAGUUGCAGGUUUGGAGCAACUACAGGGGUGACCAUAAUGGGCACAGUCCACUUUAGGCUUCUUCCGUUGGCCUGCCUGCAGGGGGCUGUCCUUGUCAUGAUGAAAAGCUGUCUCUCCUUUUGGCUAUCUGUCCCUCCUUUUGGCUAUCCCCUUUUGGUGUCGCUGGUGGCCGUAUACGUAAACAUUUUUUGUUGCAUAGCAUUCCACAAUUUGGUAUGUUUAAUCCGGUAAAAGUUAUGGUCAGGUUUAGACCAUUCAUUUGCGGCCAAGGGUGCCGGUUCAAAUCCGCGCAUGCUCACCGCGCUGUCAUGUGGAGGGGUCCGAGGACGUGGAAGUACUGAUCAUUCGUUUGUCAUAUCUCGCACUUGUCUUUUAUGAAGUUUUAUCUAAGUUCAUAUAUGAACGCUAGAACUUUGUCAUGACAUGCCGGUACCUCUCUCAGUUAACAGCCUGCUAGGUACGGAGCCUUGGGAUUGAGGGUGGGGGGAAACAGUAUUUGUGGCCUCCAAAUUCUUUUGUUGACAGAAAAGUUUAGUGCUGCUAUUCAUUUCCUAAGCUUUGUCAGCUAUCCUAGAAAACUGCCAUUACUGAAAAACUAACUAUGGUGAGAACCCUGAACAACACAUCUUGGGUACUAGAAUACUAGUACUACCUACCUUUUUACUCCACAACCAGUUAGGUAGGGAAGCCUUGAGCUUGAGAGAAAUGUUCAGAAAACCCAAUAUCUGUGGCUUCCAAGUUCUUGUGUUGAUGGAAAAGUCAGUUUGACAAGAGUUCAUUUCCUAAGCUCUAUUAGAUAAACAAGUGGCUGCCUC